AACAUGCAUCAUCGACGAGCAGCAGGUCUAGUCGUACGUUGCGUACCUGAACCAAGUUAGAAUGACCUUAUAUUUACUUUCCAAAAUACUCCAAAUAUGACGAAAGAACUGUAAAUCUGAGCAUGAAGAUACGUAAAAUAGUGAUUCCAGAUGUAGAUCUGGUCGAUGGACACACAGUAUACUUUAUUGAAGUUUUUAUCAAAGAAUAUUCUUGGACUAUAAGGAAACGAUACCGAGAAUUCUACGAACUUCAUGAAAAGCUUGUUAAGAAACAUGGUGUUCAAGCAAAUUUAUUACCUCCAAAGAAAUACUUCGGUAACCUUGAAGCAGAUCACGUGGAGAAACGACGUCAGGCUUUGGAGGAGUAUUUAGAAGUGUUGUUAGGAAAAUUCAAUGAAAACCUACCAAAUGAAUUAAACAUCUUUCUAGAGGGCCAUAAAUAUGAUGUCUGUGGAGUAACACAUAGUUUAGCACAAGAACUCUUCAAUAAAGGAGAUGAAAUACUAUCCAAGGAAGAUCCAUAUGUCCUAACACCACUACAGUUGUACUGCAUCACCAAGAGAUUAGAACUUUGUGUCCCUACCUGUGACACACAUGUUGAUCAUGGAGAGAUAGGAAACCUUUAUGAUUUUAUCCAGAACUUGAAACACCUGAAAAUUGCUGUCUCAACAACACAGAAUGAACUCUAUAGAUUUAGUGAAAAUGUUAUCUUCAAGUGUGACUUAGCACUUUUCAAGUCUUUGGUGUCCUUAGAAAUAUCAGGCUGUGAAGUGGAGCCAUUUCAAGGGAUAUACAGGCUUCAAAAUAAGCUUCACUCACUUGUGGUACACUAUUCUAUCCAUCUUCUCAAGGAUAUUUUAGUAGAUGACGAGAUGUGGGAACAAGGAAUCCUUGAGAGUGUAGAGGUUGAUGGAACAGCGCUAUUGAGCCCAACAACUAAAUAUAGGACCUGGGGAAUGCUUACAUCUGCUGACUUCAGUAAUAAUGAACUACCUUAUAUUGAUGAUUCUGUAGCGCUUCUUCCCAAUGUAGAAAAGUUGAACCUGAGUCACAAUCAAAUUGAAAACAUAGAACACCUAGAGGGUCUCUCAAAGCUUGUUGACUUGGAUCUUUCUCACAAUGAUAUCCAAUGUCUUGAAGAAAAUCUCAAUGCCAAACUGGGUAAUAUAAAGAAACUAAACCUGUCAGCAAACCUACUGAGUAAUGUGGAUGGUCUUGAAAAACUUUUCUCCCUGGAAGAAUUGGACUUGAGCUCAAACAAACUGUCCGAGGUCGCGUCAAUAUUAUUGCUUGGUCAGCUACCAUGUCUUGAGGUACUACUGCUCAUAGGAAACCCGAUGGCUAAAGAAAGCAUGUACCGUGUACGUGUCCUGUCUGCGUUUGAUGAACGCGCAGAGGAGGUCGCCCUUGAUCAUCAGAAAGCAACUCGUCGUGAAAUGAAGAAGGUCAAGGAAAUGUUGACUGAGGAACAGAGCUUUGAGAUCAUAGAUUUACCGCAAUCUAGUGGUUCUAACCAGAGUAAAACCAAGGCGGGACACAAGAAGACGAAAAGUGUGGAUCGAGUAAUCGCACUUGAUGAAAGCUCAGCCAAUGAGUUGACAGACUCCACGUCUGCUGUGGACGACAGUGACCUGCAGUUCAGGUCACGUGUGGAACAGAUUCGUCAGUUGGGUGGAGACACUUGGCUAACAAUGUUGGGCGAGAUCCAAAAUGAAGACAAGACCGACUCAAAGAAUCAAAAGGGAACUACAAAUGAUACGGAACUACAGCAAAGGACAAAAGCCUCCAAGGGUUCUACUGAUCGUCAUGGCGACGGUUACCAUGGAGAUGAGACAGAGGGCAGUCCGUCGAGUGAAGGAGGACGAUCAAUCAAGAGUACUUCAUCUACUUUUAUCGCCAAAGUUGCUGGGGUUGAGCCGGGAGAAACUAGAACAGGACUACCCAGACUGCAUUUCGGGUUUACGUGUGAACUAGAGGAGCUUGUACGUAAUAAACUCGGUACAGAUACUAACACAACUUCUGGUACUUACAUGGUCGAAGUACAAACGAAUAUUGAGGAAUCUUCUACUGCAGGGGAUGAAAAGGUGUUUGAAGAAAGGAUGGUUGGAGUUGAUCUUAGUAAAGGAGUCAUCCUGGAAAUACAGAUUGCGAAUGGAAAAACUUGUGCGAAACACAGACUAGAAGAUGUAAGCAGCGUAGAUAUACUAGAGAUUCAAGACUGUUAUCAUAUCGACAUUCGGGACACUUACUCCAAGGAAUGGCGGCGUCAUCGAACUACAGGCCUACAGAAAGACUAUCGACAAGUUGCUCGAUAUCGCAUGCGCUCCAUGGUGGAUGCCGCUGAGCUUUUUGUACUGCUGUACAAGUUCAUUACCAAAAGCUGUGAAAGUCCUGUUGUCCAGAACCAGCUAUCCAAUACAUCUGCGGGCUCCUCACAAUCUACUCCUUCCUCCAGCAUAUGGGCCAAUCGAUUUGGGCUUCAAGAGGAGGCGUUAGAAAAGUUCUUCAAAGCUUUUUUACGUCGCGGCGUAACCAAGGAACCAAGUACUACCGCUGACCACAGUUACCAUGACGGCAAGGACCGUGUGCGUGGAUCUGGGAUCCAUGGUAUUUAUCAUUCGCUGCAUGCUGAUUUUAUCGACGCGGGAACCCUUAAACAUGAUAGGUCCAGAGUGGAAGAGGAGUCCCCACGCUUGGCAUUGUGGGUUGGCUGUUUACCAUAUUUAUUCCCAGAACACGAAUUACCGGUUUUUCUAGUUUUGACGAAUAUCAAUAUCUUUCUGUUCCAUAUCACCCAGUCUGGCUGCUACGUGAAGGACUUACACCAAAUAUUGCAUUGCUUCUAUAGCAUGCCUAUCUAUGCACUCAAACAUGUCGUCAUUGGACUAUACGAUCAGGGAUUUCGCCUGGAAGUGAGAAACGAUGGCUCGCGAGGAACAUUCACGUUUCUAACGCGAAACUCGGAGAAAACGCGCGUCUUUCUCGAAACACUUCACGAAAUGUUGGGCGAAUCACGCGAGGAUGAGAACUCUCUUCUUCACAGUCGAGUCAGCUUUGAAUCUAAAAGCAGUACCUUGCCGUCGUUUAGCUAUCCGGAUGAACAGAAUUUGUUAAAGUUGAAGGAAAGUUUAUCAGGUGCUGUGAAUGAUGAUUCGGUCAAGGAAGAAGACCUCUUGAUGUACUCCAUCGUCCGUGAGUUCCCCGAGAGUGUCCUAUCUAACCAACAUGAAGAUGGUAUUCUUACUAAGAGACUUCGCAGCUUAAUUGUCAUGAAUUCGAAGAUUUUCCUGUGUGACGAAGAUCACGUGCACUGGCCGCUACCCACGUUUGUGCGUGCUCAACCCUCGACACCUCAAUGGGUUGUAUCACGAUGGCAGGAGAUUAACAAGAUUAUUGGUAUCGAUGUAUUUGAUCUAGAGAAUGCCAGCGAGUUUGUUGGUUCUUUUGGGUUAUCACUGAUAUUUGACGAUGAAGAUUUAGUCAGUGAGGAGGUGGAAAGCAUGGCGUCGACCCAAGCUCGUGGUUCAAUUUGCUGGAAUUUGAUUUUCAGAGCAGUUGACGAGCGAGAACAGCUGUUACGAUCGCUGGCUCAAGUCUGGAAGGACCACUUCGAGGCUGACCUCAACGUGACGCACAGUAAACCAAGGUCCUUACUACUACCACCCCCUGGGGAAGACAUUGCUGAUCUUUCAGGCUUUCAGGAUUCUACAGCUAAAUCAGUUGCUCCCGUGGAGAACCCUGGAGAGGCAAGCUUUAAAAAAUCCCACAGGAGGGUGGGGUCGGAUAAUUUACCCCUUUUCAAGGUUUCAACUCUAGAUUGUCUUGAGUCUUUAAUGGCUCUCGAUAGGAAAACACUGGAUAAAUACUUCAAUAAACUGAUUGCGCAAAAGCCCGAGGGAGGAGACGAGAAGCUCCUACAUGUGUUGUGGACUGGUUGUACGCCAUACUUGUUCCCAGACAAGGAAGUCCAGGUCUGUAUUCUCUUGAGCAAUCUUUUCAUCUACAUUCUGUCUGACAAGGGAGGAAAGGAAUUGAUAAGUAAGAAAAAGACUGUGAAACUUGGCCCUUCUCACAAGGACAGUACAAGAUAUAUUUGUUAUAAUUAUAUCCCUACUGCAAGUUUACAUCAGGUUUGUGUGGGUUUGUUUGAUCAGACGGUUCGCGUUGAAGGAGACAGCAAGGAAGAGACUUUCACCUUCAUAACUCGUGACUUUAACCUGACGAGCGCGUUCUUGGAGUGCCUGAAUGCUGUUCUUUCGUCCAGCAAUUCUGAGUCAGCCUCCUGUAUAUCAAAACAAGACAAAGCUCCUUCUACUAGUAUCUAUGACAGGCAGUUCUCAGACCAGACCGGCGAGAUGUGGCAUAAAUCUGAGUCACUUCUGUUAGAAAAAGGGGUCAAAUUUGUCUACCCAAGUGAUGACUCGCUCGAGAUCCUUAAAGACACAAUAGCUAAAUUUAGCCAGGCGUCUGAUCUCUGUUCGUCGAUAUUUGAUGUCACGAUACUAGUUUACUUGCUGGUGUUUCACGAGACAAAUGCGGGAGUAGAGGAACCUAGAACAUUGAUAAUUAUGGACCAGUCUCUGUGUCUAUGUAUCGAAGACCAUGUCCACUACCCCCUGACUCUCUUCGCCACGGGACUACCCGAUAACCCGCAAUACAAGAUAUGGGACGUGCGGGAUGUGGAAACUUUAUCCCGUAUAGAGUUCACUGAUUUUAACUCGUGUGACUUCACGCUCGUGUUCAGCCCCUCUGCACCGGAGUGUGAUAAAAACAGCGAUGACUUUGAAUCUGCGAGUAUGGGUGAAUUGUGUGUCAUAACACAUUACACGCAUGAGGAGAUCAGUGAAACAACGUGGAAGAUUAUUGCACCGACUUAUGAAGAGAAGGAAAAAUCCUUGAGUCUUAUCUGUAGAUUGUGGUCUGAUAUUAGAGGCGAGGCCUUACCAGUCAUGAAGGGAAGAGAAAAAACCACGUGCUAAACACAUCCAUACAUACGUAAAAUAUGAGAGAACCGAUUGGGGAAGGGUAGGGUGUCCGUUGGCAAGGAAACCAAAAUAAAUAUCGCGAGUGUGGAGCACGGUAACGGUACGAAAUUGGCGACAUUCGAUGAACCAAUCGCAGUGCGCGAGUCAACUGGAUUUUUCUAUCUACAUGGAUUUCUUGGGUUUUCUUACAAGAGAAGAUCUUUGAUAGUAUAUACACCUUACGCUUUUCACAGCUUAGCUACAUAUUUAGAACUUAUCGUUUAACAAAGAAAAUUAGUUUUCCUCUAUGGUAGGAAAUUUGCUUUGCUUUAACAUAUUUAUCAGUCAAACAUCUUUCGUGAUCCAUCGAUAUUUAGAUACAUUGCUAUGUGAUAUUGAGAAAUACAAAAAUAUUUUAAUUGCAAAGAAAUAUAAAUUGAGCUAGUUUUCGAUGAUAUUUCGUAAAUUUUGAUUGGAUCUUUAAAAUAUAGCAUAGAUAACCCCGGCUAUCUUAGAGAGCCUGAUUCUAACCAGAAAUACAACCACAAUCAUGAGCUUGUGUCAUUGCAUGGUAGAACCAUGACUUUUCCUGAAUUCCCUCGAGUUACCACGAAACAAUACUCCCAUUUCAAGCUCGCCUUUGCUCAGUCUUAGCGUCGAUUGUGUACAACUGUGUUUUUUUUCUUCCAUUAAGGUCCAUUGUCUAGUGAAAAUAUAGUACUUACUACGGUCAAGAGAAAAUGAACUAAGAGAAAGAAUCCCUGUGCCCCAUCAUGUGCACACUUUGAUGCUAUUUUUAGAAUCAUUUACGCUAUUUUUAACUCGUUACCAUGCCCGCGCGAUAAUCAUGCUU